GUCCUUGUCAGUGUCAGUGUCAGCUACCACAACGUCAAAAUAACAAUAGAUGUUUUGCCCCUUUUUCUAUCUUAAUUAGUUAAAAAACACGAUUAAACCUAAAAUUAAUGAAGAAUUCCGUAUAGAAAUUGAAUGACAAUAUCCCGGAGACCAUGGAUCACACGAAGCUUGAGAUGUACGAUGAUGUGGAGGGCUACCUGGAAGGCGAGAUGAGCGUCCCGUCGAGUAAGAAUACUCAAAAUCCCGGUCGGCCCGAUUUUAAUACCCUAGAUGAACCUGUCAAGGAGACCAUAUUGAGGGAUGUAAAGGCUGUGGGCGUUAAGUUCAGUCAUGUUCUAUUGCCCAAAGAGAAGAAAACUUUGUUGAAAGAAUGGGACUUGUGGGGCCCCCUGAUGCUCUGCACCUUCAUGGCAAUGGUGCUCCAAGGCGGUUCUACAGCAGACAAUACGAACGACGGCGGGCCGGAGUUUGCAGAAGUUUUUGUUAUUGUUUGGAUUGGUUCAAUGAUUGUUACAUUAAACUCGAAGCUUUUAGGUGGAAACAUAUCGUUUUUCCAAAGCGUAUGCGUUCUUGGGUACUGCCUCCUGCCCACAACUAUAGCACUGAUAGUCUGUAGAGUGAUUUUGCUGUUCGACCAGUCCUAUCUGCUGUUUUUCAUCAGAUUCUCAGUAUCAAUGGGCGGGUUUGUAUGGGCCACUUACGCCUCCAUGAUCUUCUUAGGCGACAGCCAGAAACCUGGAAGGAAACUGUUGGCAGUGUACCCGAUCGGCUUGUUUUACUUUAUCAUUUCCUGGCUGGUGAUAUCGCAUACAGCCAGCUAAAAAUUCAGUAGUUCAUCAUUCCGGCACCGUAGUUGGUUGUAAGCGUUCAUUUCUGUGCAAUUUGAGUCAUGUAAAUAUCCAAAAUAACCAUCUUAAAUUAAUUCGCAAUGUAUUCAUUAUUACGGUAUUGUUUAGGUAUAAGAUUGGAUGUAACGUGAUAAGAUAGGAUUGAUUAUUAAUAGAUCGUAAAAAAUCCUAA